AGUGUGCUGCUAUCACUGCUCCUGCUUCUGCUCGCUCUCAGGCUUCUUGUUUAUCUUGGUCAACUUCUUCGUCGAAUCCAAGAGUUUUCCAAAUUCUGCAUUCAAAAGAAGAAAUCUUAUACGAUCAAGUUUUGGAUUUAUGAGAGAGUUAUUCUCAGUAUUCGUCUGGUUCCUUCAAUAGAAGGAAGAGGAUGAGAGAGUGACUCCCUCACCCGGGCCAUGAGGCACGCUCAGGCCUGGGGAUUAUGCUGUUUAUAAUAACCUAGUUUUUGUACAGAGACAAUUUGAGAGGAAGGAAGGAAGAUGUCGCAGCAACUCGAGCAAUUGCUCACAUGCUGCAUUUGUUUGGACCGCUUCCGCAACCCGAAGCUGCUGCCAUGCCAGCACUCGGUGUGCAUGGAGCCAUGCAUGGAGGGUCUCGUCGACUACGUGCGACGACAGGUGAAGUGUCCAGAGUGCCGAGCAGAGCACCGCAUCCCGUACAAUGGCGUGCAAGGGUUCCCCAGCAACGUGACGCUCCAGCGGUUCCUGGAGGCGCAGCUCGAGAUUACGGGCGAGUCGCCGGACCCUCACACUGGUCAGCUGAUGGAGAGAUGCGCCGUGUGUAACGAGAAGAACUACCUGGCGGUGUGUGCGCACUGCGAGAAGAAGGUGUGCGACGCUUGCAAGGCAGCGCACUCCGACCUCCUCAAGCGCGAGAUCGGUAGAAUCAAUAACCAGGUGAAACGAGCAGCACAUCGGUUAACAGAGCAGCUGGAGAACGUGGAGCGCAACAUCGCGUCUCUGAAGACCAACACGAACAGCAUCACUGAGGAGAUAGAGAAUAUUUCCAAGCGGCUACAGAAAGCCAUUCGGGAUCGCGGAGAGUACCUGAAAUCGGAGGUCCAAAAUCAGUACAACGCAGAAAUGAGGCAUAUGCAGAACCUUAAGGAGGGCUUGGAUCUCGAGAUUGCGAACGUGCAAUCAAACAUUGAGCUCGCUGAGAAACACAUGGACGAUGAGACUCCCUGGGACGACGGGGAACUUAUGGACACUAAAGAUAUCUUUCUGAAGACCAUGGAGUUCAUAAGAAGCUUUGAUUAUGAUACGGGCGGAGAAUAUGGAAGAAAGACGCGCUUCAUACCACCUGAUGACUUGAACAAACUUGCGUCUAGUCUCAGCAACAUGGGGGAGUUGACUAUCCCGAACAAGCACCCAGACUCGUACACGGCGGGCCAGUCUUUUGGCUCGGGGGGCCUCGCGAAAAGCAAGAGCGACCACAGACUCGCGGUCCAGUUUCGGGACCAGGAGGAAUCGCUCGGGGGACGAACGUCCCCUAUAACCCGCAGAAGGUUCGGCGAGCGUCCGCCCCCGUCAGAAAGUCAUGAUUCUGCUUAUGAGUCUGAUCCAAGCAGACGUCGAUUCCGAUCUCGAUUCAUGCGUCGCGAAGAUGAAGAAGAUAAAGGAGUUCGCUUUACUGAAGAUGAUGUCACUAAGCCUCAACGAAUGAAGAUAAUCGACACUGAAGAUGUAUCACGAGGUCCUUUAUCCGGAAUUGUCCGCAUAAUGGAUUCACCGAGAGUUAUACAGCGGCUACAAGAGCGAGAGAAAUUGAUCAAACAAAAGAAAGAGGAUGCAAAUAAACCUCCUGCACCAACACCUGUUUCUGCACAUUCUGUGGCACCAACAGCAUCAAUUCCAUCUUCGCAAACAAAUCCAUACACACCAAAAAAAACGGGACGUCAAAUUAGUGAAGACGAAAUAGAUAAAAUAAAGAAACAAAAUAAAGCAGAAGAAUCUGUAGCGCCUUCUAGCUCAGCAAGCGGUGGAGUAAGUGCAACCAGCCCCUCCACUUACGGUUCAAGCAUCUCAACCCCGAGGUCUCCGCCAGUUAGGGAAGAAGACAAAAGCAGCCGAUCAGAUAGAUCUUCGGCUGCAGGUAGGAGCUCAGUGACCCAAUCUGCUGCUUCGCAGGAUGAUGAUCCGUCAUCGUACUCUACAAGGCGUAGAGACUACUCAUCAGCCAGAACAACCGACUACACGCCAUCUAGAACUAGUGCCGACUACACGCCAUCCAGAACUAAUGCUGACUACACGUCUUCCAGAACGACUGACCUCAGUCCAGUGGCAACAUCAAAUGGUACGUCCAGUCGAACUCCAUCUCGCAAGACGAGCAUUGAUACUGGUGUUUUGAGUGUAACCCAAAGAGCCCAACCCUUUAGUAGAUCCUCAUCCACUUCUUCCGUAGGUGAAACAACCAAAGCACGCAGUUCUCAUACCCUUGAUACCUCAGCUUACGAAAGGCGGCUAUCCAGAUCAAACAGCACUGAUAGCAACAGAUCAUAUGAUGGGACUUUGUCUCCUAGGAAAUACACAGGGGCAGCAUUUUCGACAGAUGAAUUAAGAAAUCGUUUUGGAAGAACAACUGACUCUAGCUCUAGAAGUAGGACAAACACAUAUCCUAGGCCAUCCACUACUUCUAGCAGUGGCUCAUCUCGUUUUCAAUCACGUUUUUUAGGACGAGCCGGUACUCCUUCGGCGGAGGCCUCCAAGGAAUCGGGGAAUGAAGAAGAGGAAGAAAGCAGCGAAGAAACCGAAUCCGAUGACUCAGAAGAGUCGUCUGAGGAGGAGGAAGAAGCGAAAGAGGACAAGACACCUUAUUCCCGAUCCGGUGGUGGGCUUCUGGGGAGGAGUACCCAGAACUCGAGUAGUACAGGUAGUUCACUCAAAAGUAAGCCAACAGAUUCUGGUUAUGCAAGUCGUUAUGGAAGCAGUAACGAUAACAGCACUAGCAGAUAUGGUACGAAUAAUGACACUAGCUCAACAUCCAGUUAUAGACGUCCAUCAAUAAUUGAUAAUAAAAAAGAUGAUGACGGCGAAUCUAAAUAUUCAUUUAGCAGUAAAUACUUGAAUCGUGCAAAAUUAAAUGCUCAAGAAGAAGAAAAGCCGGCUUUCCAGAGCCGUUUUUUGAAUCGCUCAAAAAGUUCGGCCAUUUUGGGCCCUGAUGCAGUUGGUGCCACAAAGGAUGAUGACAGUCCUCCAGCCAUGGGCACAGGUAGAGCUCGUUUUGAAGAGCUCAAAGAGAAGAGGCAACGACUGGCUCGAAGCAAAAGCUCAGCCGGAUUAGAUGAUGACGAAAGUUCGACAAAUGAUACGUCUUCCCCGUCAUCUACCUAUAAAUCCAAGUAUUCUCGCGACAAUGAUACAAGCACUUCAUCUGUAGGAUCAAGAACGCUUGGAUCGUCAUCGACUCCAACUGGUCGAGAUGAUGGCGGAUCUUCAACGGCUCAGCUUUCGAACUGGGCACGCUACCUCAAAAACAAAUAUGGCAAUAAAAGUGGUGGUGACAGCUCAGCAGUCGGCAGCACCAACUCGACAGGCACGUCGAGCAGUCUGCUCAACCGAACAGGUGUGAGCAGCAUAGGCAGUUCAGGAAUUGGAAGUAGUACUAGUACUAGCACUGCGAGAGCUUUAGCAAGGUCUCGUUCUUCUCAUCUCUUGGGGGGCCCGAAUGGUGAAACUUCUGAAGACGGUUCUUCAAAAAACGCGGACGCUACCCCUACUUUCCCAGCAGCAGCAGCAGGUAUACUGGUGGUUCCUACAGCUAUCGGAAGUAUCCAUAGGAACCAGUAUCUGAAGAAACAACAUCUUUUACUUCAGAUCGGGAGUAGGGGUAGCGAGCCCGGAAAUUUCACAUGGCCAAGAGGCGUUGCAGUUGGUCCUGACAAUAGCAUCGUGGUUGCGGAUUCGAGUAAUCAUAGAGUGCAAGUAUUCGAUCAGAAUGGUUCUUUCCAAAAAGAGUUUGGCUCGUAUGGUAGCAGACAAGGUGAGUUUGACUGCUUGGCCGGCGUAGCUGUUAAUCGAAUAGGUCAGUAUAUUAUUGCUGAUCGAUAUAACCAUCGCAUCCAAGUACUUGACCCCUCUGGAAUGUUCCUCCGAUCAUUUGGCAGCCAGGGCAGCGGGGACGGGCGGUUCUCGUAUCCGUGGGGAGUAACCACAGACGCCCUGGGCUUCAUCUACGUGUGCGACAAAGAGAAUCACAGAAUCCAGGUGUUCCAGUCGGACGGAACGUUUGUGGGCAAGUUUGGCAGUCUGGGCAACAAGCCCGGCCAACUGGAACAUCCUCACUACAUAGCAGUGUCAUCAACCAACAGAGUCAUCGUGUCAGACUCAAACAAUCACAGGAUUCAAAUCUUCGACAUCAACGGAAAAGUUCAAACAACCUUCGGAGGAGAGGGAGCGGAGGAGGGCCAAUUCAAGUUCCCCAGGGGAGUGGCAGUGGACGAACAGGGAUUCAUAAUCGUGGCGGACAGCGGCAACAACAGAAUUCAGAUUUUCCAAGCGGACGGGAGCUUCGUGAAGGCGUUCGGGUGUUGGGGGUCCAUGGAGGGCGAGUUCAAGGGGAUGGAGGGAGUGGCGGUGACGCCGAGUGGCAACAUCCUGGUUUGCGAUCGGGAGAACCACCGAGUUCAGAUCUUCUAGAGAAACGGAAGAAUGGUCUUGUCGACGAGGAAGUUUUCCAAGUGGAAGAACAGUUUCUCGAGAACGAUGAU